AUGAACACUUGUAUCAUUAAGUUUUCUUUCUCUCUUCUUGUAAUCUUGCAUGUUUUUCUUUCCCUUCUACUUUUGUUUUUUAACCAUGCCUCAACUGCUGAAUUAACAUUCAAUAUUGUUACUCUCAGAGCUAAGCCCAAUGAAAAGACUGAUGCCUUGCCUGUGCUUCAAACGACAUGGGCUAAGGCCUGUGACUCAUCUAAACCAGCCAUUAUUUACGUUCCCGAGGAUAUAUUCUUCGUUCGAAGUGCGAGAUUUAAUGGGCCUUGUAAGAACAAUGCUAUUACUGUUCUCAUUGAUGGAACUCUUGUGGCUUCCUCGGACAUUCAAGUUUUAGCUGAAUCUAGUUCUUGGAUUUUGUUUAAUCAUAUAAAUGGGCUUUCCAUUACUGGCGGUCUUAUUGAUGGACAAGGAACUACCUUAUGGAAUUACAAACACUCAGGGAAGAGUUGCUCCAUGGGCGAUAGUCCAAACAGUGAUGGCAUCCAUGUGCAACAAUCAUCAGAUGUGACCAUCCUCAACUCGAACAUCAAAAAUGGUGACGACUGGUCUCCAUCGGUCCAGAGACAUUUAACAUGUGGAUGA